GUAAUAUGGGGAUGAUCAGAAAAUAUGGGGAUGAUCAGAAGCAGUUUCUUCUUUCUAGUAGGGACUGGUUGCGGAGUGUACGUUGCUCAGAAUUACAAUGUCCCAAACAUAAAGAAACUCAUAAAUACAUAUAUGUUUGUCGCAAAGCACAUUGAAGAAUCCUACAGGAAGCCUAAGAAAGAUGACGAUUAGCCGGCAUAAAAGUAAUCUUUUCCUUGGCGUUGAUUUCUCACAUUAUCCAUGGACCCCUUACCUGAAGAAUGGUUGGAAGAUCACUACAUUUAGCUGAUCAUGAUUUGACAAGAUAAUACACUUGCACAUUUAUCUUUCUGAUGGAUAACAGCAUUUGUGCUAUAGUAUGCUUCAUUCAACCUAUUGUUACAGAAUUUGCUUGACAUGUAUUAAUAAUUCAGCACUGCAACAUACUUUGCACGGAUGAAGAAUUUGAGCUUCACGCUGUAAAAUUAACAUUUCUUGUGAAUUUCAUAUGAAUCUUGCGACAUCUUGAUCGCAAUUUGAAAUA